GAUUAUCUAAUAGUUUCUUGCAUGUGAUGCUGCUCUCCGAAGCAAAAACAGCUCAUAACAAUCAUCAUUUAUGAUCAUCUUUUAUCGUUGUCAAGAACGAUCAUUCCAUUCUCCCACUAUUCUUUCUUUUUUUGGUCUCUCAAGAAUGUAGUUGCUUCUUUCUCCUUCAAUAUUCUUGUCAGUUUCUUUUUUCUUGGACGCACGCAUACCUGAGAGAGAGAGAUGGCUGCUUGUGGAUCUUUUGCAAGUCUUGAUGCAAUCUGCAUUUCGUAUACUUAACCAGGAAUUGUAUUAGAUACUUGGCUCUUCAAUCUCAAUUUUGCUUCCACUGCUGGAUUUUUCACUCUGGCUGAGGGAAACAAGCAUGAAAAUGAACCUCCUGUUCAUUUUCUCUGUAAUUCUCUUCUUUGGAGCAGUUUCUUUUUCCGCCCUUGCAGAGCCAGUUGAAGAUAAACAAGCUUUACUAGAUUUCCUUCACAAUAUUCAUUACUUGCAUUCUCUCAAUUGGAAGCAGAACUCUUCAGUAUGCAGGGAGUGGAGAGGAGUGACCUGUAACGGUGAUAAUUCUAGAGUUAUAGCCCUCAGGUUGCCUGGAGAGGGAAUUCAAGGCCCAAUCCCGCCAAACACUCUUAGUCGCCUGUCGGCAGUUCAGAUCCUGAGCCUCAGAUUGAAUGGUAUAUCGGGUUCUUUCCCUUCCGAUUUCUCCAAACUUGGAAACUUGACCGGCCUUUAUCUUCAAUUCAACAACUUCUCAGGCCCAUUGCCUUCGGAUUUCUCAAUGUGGAAGAAUCUUUCAAUUCUUGAUCUCUCCAAUAAUGGGUUUAAUGGAAGCAUUCCAACUUCAGUGUCAAAUUUGACACACCUCACUUCUUUAAAUCUCGCUAACAACUUUCUUUCUGGUGUUAUUCCUGAUAUUAAUGUUCCUAGUUUGCAAUCUCUAAAUUUAACCAACAAUAAUCUCACUGGAAGCGUUCCUCGGUCUCUUCUGAGAUUUCCAGGUUGGGCAUUUUCUGGUAACAACCUUUCAUCAGAAACUGCCCUUCCUCCAGCCCUUCCACUUGAGCCACCAAGUCCUCAACCACAAAAGAAAACCAAGAAACUAAGUGAACCCGCAAUAUUGGGGAUUGUAAUAGGCGGCUGCUUUCUAGGGUUUGUAGUUAUUGCUCUUCUGAUGGUUUGCUGCUAUUCGAAGAAAGACAAGGAAGGUGGAUUACCAACGAAGUUACAAAAGAAAGAGGGGUCUUUGAAGAAAAAUGUUUCAGAGAGUCAAGAUAAGAAUAACGGGCUUGUAUUCUUUGAAGGUUGUAAUCUUGCAUUUGACUUGGAGGACUUGUUGAGAGCAUCCGCUGAAGUGCUUGGGAAGGGAACUUUUGGGACAACUUACAAGGCAGCUCUUGAGGACGCAACCACAGUGGUGGUGAAGAGAUUGAAGGAAGUGCCGGUGGCUAAAAAAGAGUUUGAGCAACAGAUGGAAGUGAUUGGAAGUAUUAGGCACCCAAAUGUAUCUGCGCUAAGGGCAUAUUACUAUUCAAAGGAUGAGAAACUUACAGUGAGUGAUUACCAUGAGCAGGGGAGUGUUUCUGCAAUGCUACAUGGUAAUAGAGGGGAAGGCAGGAUUCCUUUGGACUGGGAAACGAGGCUGAAAAUUGCAAUUGGUGCAGCGAGGGGCAUUGCUCAUAUCCACAAACAGAACAGUGGCAAACUAGUCCAUGGAAACAUAAAAGCCUCAAACAUUUUCCUCAAUUCUAAGGGAUAUGGCUGCAUUUCAGAUAUUGGUUUGGCUGCAUUGAUGAGCCCAAUGCCCCCACUGGGAAUGAGGACUGCAGGGUACCGUGCCCCAGAAGUAACAGACUCUAGGAAAGCAACUCAUGCUUCCGACGUCUACAGUUUUGGGGUCUUGCUGCUUGAGCUUCUGACUGGAAAAUCCCCUAUACAUUCCACAGGUGGGGACGAGGUUGUUCACUUGGCGAGGUGGGUGCAUUCUGUCGUAAGGGAGGAAUGGACUGCUGAAGUAUUUGACAUUGAACUUUUAAGGUACCCCAACAUUGAGGAGGAAAUGGUAGAAAUGUUACAAAUAGGAAUGAAUUGUGUGGUGAGGAUGCCAGAGCAGAGAUUAAAAAUGACUGAUGUAGUGAAAAUGGUGGAGGACAUUCGACGACGGAGUCCUGAAAACCCACCAUCCUCUUGAACUAAUUUAGAAAUUGCAGUUUCAACCCCAACACUAGGCUGCAGACGUAGCUUCCACUUCUGCUCCACCUCCACAGUGAGAUUCUUGUGUCCUGCUAAUAGUUGUCGUGAUAUGAAUUUAUUAUUUUCACAAUUUCAAUUUGUGAUUAGUUAAGCUGCUACUGUAUCUUUAUAUUUAUGACACAAAGUACUGAGAUUAGUUUAGCUACCGCACUACCUAACCCAAAUCGUGUCAAAAAACAACUUGGGAUCUUGCUAUUGUCUCAUCUAGUCAGGACUUAAUUGUUAUGUUACGCAUGUAGAGUCUACUUGCUACCUAAUGCAACCAAAUUAAUAUCUUCAUGCGUC